ACCAUCCAAUCUUAACGGAAUUCAGUGAGGACUGCCCAAUAAUAGUCCGCACCAGAGGAAACUGUUCCUCGGCUGCCAACAUUAAUGAAGCGAUGAAUUUAUGAAGGAUUCCUUUCCACGACCCUUCUCUCUGUCAACAUCGAUGGGAAAACUCCGAUCACUUUUCAAGCUGCGUCGGAAGUCGAAAUCACCGGCCACAGCCAGCGGCGCCAAAUCAGAAUCUCCGCCACUGGAGUCGAUGUAUGUGGAUACAACGGCAGAGCAAAUGGACGAACUUGAACGUGUCUUCAGAAAGUUUGAUUCCAAUGGUGAUGGUAAGAUAUCAUCGUCUGAGUUGAGAGUAAUCUUCGAGAGCCUAGGGCAACCUUUGGCGGAGGAGGAGCUACUGCGGAUGAUGGGUGAAGCGGAUGCGGACGGAGAUGGCUUCGUCAGCCUGAAAGAAUUCAUCGAUCUGAACACCAAAAUGGUUGAUCCAUCGACGGCGCUCGAGGACCUUCGGCAAGCUUUCUCAGUAUUCGAUCGCGAUCGUAACGGUGUAAUCUCGGCGGAGGAGUUGGCUCUCGUGAUGCGUGACCUCGGCGAGGUGGUGUCUUUGGCGCAGUGCCGAAAGAUGAUCGACGGCGUCGAUCAGGACGGUGAUGGCCUCGUUAACUUUGAGGAGUUUAAGGUCAUGAUGUCUAAGUCCUUUCUCGCACCGGACAUUACAAGGAUCGAUUGA